AGGGUACAUUCAUACAUGAAGAGCAGCGUUGGGAGGAAUCCGGGGGACAGCCCAGGACACUCCAAAAUGGCGAAACGCAACAAGGAUGUAGAAGAAGAGAUUUACGACAAGGUCGUGGAUCUAACGGAAUACGCCAAGCGUCAGCGAUGGUGGAACCGCCUCUUCGGGAAGAACUCUGGGCCCGUAGCAGAGAAGUACUCUGUGGCCACACAGAUUGCAAUAGGAGGAGUGAGUGGAUGGUGCGCAGGUUAUCUCUUCCAGAAGGUUGGAAAGGUUGCUGCUACAGCUGUAGGGGGAGGUCUCCUGUUGCUGCAGAUAGCCAAUAACAGCGGCUAUAUCCAAGUGGACUGGAAGAGAGUGGAGAAGGAUGUUAACAAAGCUAAGAAGCAGUUGAAGAAGGGAACAGAUCAAGCAGUGCCGGAGUUAAACACAUUUAUGGAAAAGUCCACAGAGUUUGUGAAGAAAAACAUUGUUGUCACCAGCGGCUUCAUGGGAGGAUUCCUGCUCGGCCUAGCGUCCUAGAGUCUGUGUCCCUCUGUUGUUACGAAUAAUUAUUGAUCAUUGUUGCAGGGAUUUAUGAGGUUCUGGCAGCAAGCAGCCAGUUUGAGUUAAGCUUCCAGGUAUGUGUUCUUCUUUAACUGUACGUCCUUUUAUCUCUAAAACGGAACAACCACCUGAUAUACUGUUAGUAGGAAAUCGCUAAGGCACAUAUUGGUCUUAAUAUCAGCUUUAUGAUAUAUAGCCUGAUUAUGCUAUGUUGUAUGGAUGACGAACAUAAAGGCUUUCAAAUGUUAUUUUCUAUUUAUUUGAACCAAACUGAAUUUGUUCCAGAAGAAAAACAUGUGCACUAUUUCUUGCCAGGCACUGGGUGGCUAAUUACCUUUUAAAUUCAAUUUGACAUGCCAGAGGUUUCAAUCAAUGCCAGUGUUGUAAUUUUCAAAUCCAGGCUUAAUGAUCUUUAUACUAAAAUCAUAAAUCUUACUAUUAAGUGCUCAUGGAUGUGGGGAUUGCAUGGCCUUCUUCAAAGAUGCAAAAUAGGUGAUGUCUGCCACACUUGCAUCUUAUUUUUAUAUGUAUAUAUUUUGUUGAGCAUAAAAUUAAUGUGGAAGACUGGAUCACUUACUCUUCAAGAAAAUAAAAAUAAAUGUGUCAAAUGUG